AUGCUGAGUAAGAAAGAGAAGUGGAAGAAGGUUCUAGUUGCUUGGAAUGUGCAUAGGUGUGGAUUCUAUACAUGGCACGGGUUAAGCGUGUGGACCUCGACAGGUGGCGUUAAGAAUGCGGCGCCGCGCAGGGUUUGCGUUGCCUUUCUUAAAACAAAAUUUGAUAUCGGUAGGCUUGCUAAGUGGCGGUUUUGCCUCCGAUUCUAA